GGGGGGGGAGGCGAGGCUGAGGGGAGGAAGCGGGCGAGGCUCGGCUGAGGGGCGCUCGGCGGGGAGCCCGGCCGCCUCCUUACCCGUUCGGGAGGCUCCUGAGCGGGGAGGCAGGAACAAAGAGGCCGCGGGGGCCUCCGCUUUGAGGGGGGGGGGUUCCCUCGGCUCUGCUUAAUUAACGAGGGGGGGCUGCGAGGAGGAAGGGGGAGGCCGCUGCCUCCGGUUCUUCGGCCCCAUCCUCCCCCCAUGAGUUAAGAUGGUUCUGAGGCUGGAGGGCAGCUGGUCGCUGCUGGUGGGCAAGCGCUUCCUCAGCCUGCUCGGCGACGACGACGGGCCCUGGGACACGGAGCGCGUGGCGGAAUGGCCCUGGAAGGCGGGCAGGAUCCGCGCCGUCUCGCACACCGACAUAUCCAAGCCAGACCUUAAGAUUUGUGUGGAAUUUGAUGAUGAGUCAUGGGAAAAAAGAAGAUGGAUAGAGGUCUACUGCCAUAAGAUGAAAGCAUUCCUGGUGGAGCAAAAGCUGGUGCUGGCCGAAAGAAAAACUCAAGGCAGUUCUGUAACGCCUAUCCAGUGGCCUGCAAUGACUUACAAAUCCUUAGUGGACAAAGCUGGUUUGGGAUCAAUGGUUUCGGUGCGCUAUCUGGGCGAAGAGAGAUGUGUUUUUCUUUCUAAAGACCUUUUGACACCCAUCCAGGAUGUGGACAGUUCCAGGCUUCAUCUUAAGGACGAUCAAAAUGUUAAUGAGGAAAUUCAGGCUUUGGUGAAGAAACACUUAGAUGAAACACGCUUGGUACAAGGUGGAAAAAAUAUCAUUGGUUCGAAAAUUAGAAUUUAUAGCCUGGAUCCGUCUACCCAGUGGUUCACAGCAGUUGUUGUGAAUGGUAAUCCAGCUACACGAACUCUAGAAGUCAACUGUGAGGAGAUUCCAGCUUUAAAAACUCUUGAUCCAGAGUUAAUUCACGUCGAAAUCAUAUAUGACAAUAAUGGGAGAUGUGAUAAAUCUAAAAAAAUUGGGGGCGUGAAAAGGAAAUCCACAGAGAAUAGUGGAAGUGUUGAUGCUAAACACACAAAAUCUUCUCCCGAGGUUUCUCAGAGUCAGGGACAUGUGCAGUCAGUACCAACAGUGUUUGGUGAAGCAUUGCUAGGAUGUACUCCUGCUAAUAAAGACCAAAGGCAUCAAGGCUUGCCCCUGCCAGCUAACUCUCCUCCCAAUCUUGGUGCAGAAACUCCUCAGGGCACAUGUAGACGGAGCUUACCAGAAACUCAUCCUUCUUGUCUUAAUGCUGGAGUUAAACCAUCGAAGGACGAACUGAUAGCCUUUCCAAAAGUGACGUAUAUAUCUAAAGAACAAACGCAAAAUCCUAAUGAUCAGAAUGGUAAAUAUACCUCUUUGACAACCUCAAGAUCUUCAUCUUUGACUGAUUCAGCUAACGGAAAAGAAGCCAGCUUGAAAAAUGUAAAUGAACCUCUAAUGAAGCCCACAACAAACUUUCCAAAAGAAUGCAUUUCUGCAAAGCAGUUGCAACACCUUAACUCUCCCAUAGCAAUACCAAGAGUCAAUAGCACUGUUGAACUGCAGAGGACUUUAGAUUGUAGGCCCUCAACCUCCGAUGCUCAUCUUCUCUCUUUUCCUGAGUCUGGAGUUAAAUCGCAAAGCAACUGUAAUAGCCAGAACAGCCAAAAAGGAAACAAGAUUGAUGAACACACAGACAUGGAAUGCUUUAUUAGGAGAAAUUCAAAUGAGGCUCUUUUUGAGAGAAGUGAAAAUGAAAACUUUUGGACUGGAAGUGCCAAGGUCCAGGAUAACGUCAUUGUUCGCAAGUCAAUUUUAGCAGAUGCUUCUAAAGUGAAGAAGCUGCAGCAGAGCGGAGAGGCGUUUGUACAGGAUGGCUCCUGCAAUAAUAUCGCCCCUCACCUGCAUAAAUGCAGGGAAUGCCGUUUGGACAGUUACCGAAAGAACAAAGAUCAGAGGGAGUCCACUGUCUUCUGUCGAUUCUUUCACUUUAGAAGGUUGCAGUUCAAUAAGCAUGGGUUACUGCGUGAGGAAGGCUUCUUAACUCCGAACAAGUAUGACCCUGAGGCUAUUAGCUUGUGGCUGCCUUUAUCAAAAAAUGUUGUGGGUCUGGAUCUCGACACAGCGAAGUACAUCCUAGCCAACAUCGGAGACCACUUCUGUCAGCUAGUAAUAUCUGAAAAGGAAGUUAUGUCUACUAUCGAACCACACAAACAGGUAGCCUGGAAGCGUGCAGUUCGUGGAGUUCGAGAAAUGUGUGACGUGUGCGACACCACAAUCUUCAACCUUCACUGGGUCUGCUCCAAGUGUGGCUUUGGUGUGUGCGUCGAUUGUUACAGGAUGAAGAAAAAAAGCUUACAUGAAGAUGAUGACUCAGAUACUUUCUCCUGGUUUAAAUGUGUGAAGGGGCAGGUACAUGAGCCAGAGAAUCUAAUGCCUACACAAAUAAUUCCCGGAAAAGCACUCUAUGAUGUUGGUGAUAUUGUUCACUCUGUAAGAACAAAAUGGGGAAUAAAGGCAAAUUGUCCCUGUGCAAAUAAGCAAUUCAAGGCACUAUCAAAGCCAACUCUAAAGGAGGAUUCAAAACAGAACUUGGUACCUGGAGAGAGGACCAGCCUUCAGCAUACCAGCUUAGUCCUGAGCCCACAAGUCACUACACAUGAUCCUCCUGUAAAAUCGACGGUUGGAAGUAAACAGACUGCUUCAGUGAAUACUUCUCCUUCAUUAAGUUGGCUAUCAAAUCUAACAAGUGGAAACGUGAAUAAAGAAAACAAAGAAAAACUCCUCGUACCCGUUUCAAAGAAUGAAAAUAAGCCUCUUCAGACACUCCCUAGUUUAGCCAAGCCUACUGCAGCUCUGCAGACAUUCAACAGUGCAAUAUUAACACCUGUAAGCAACAACAACACAGGUUUCUUGCGGAAUCUUCUGAAUUCUUCUGGAGGAAAGACAGACAAUGGACUCAAGAGUACACCCAAAAUCCUUGAUGACAUUUUUGCUUCCCUGGUGCAAAACAGAACCCUUACAGACUUGCCUAAGAAACCUCAAGGAUUGACUAUAAAGCCUACAAUAAUGGGCUUUGAUACGCCUCACUACUGGCUGUGUGAUAACCGCUUGCUAUGUCUUCAAGAUCCCAACAAUGAAAGUAAUUGGAAUGUCUUCAGGGAGUGCUGGAAGCAGGGACAGCCUGUAAUGGUGUCGGGAGUGCAUCACAAGCUAAAUGCAGACCUCUGGAGACCAGAGUCCUUCAGGAAGGAAUUCGGCCAACAGGAAGUAGAUCUGGUUAACUGCAGGACCAACGAAAUCAUCACUGGCGCUACUGUAGGGGAUUUCUGGGAUGGAUUUGAAGACAUUUCAAGUCGUCUGAGAACAGAAGAAGGAGAGCCUAUGGUGUUGAAGCUUAAAGACUGGCCUCCAGGAGAAGACUUCAGAGACAUGAUGCCUUCUCGGUUUGAUGAUUUGAUGAAAAAUAUUCCAUUGCCAGAAUACACUAGGAGAGGCGGCAAGCUCAACCUUGCUUCUCGCCUUCCCAACUACUUUGUACGACCAGAUUUGGGCCCCAAGAUGUACAAUGCAUACGGCUUAAUAACGCCAGAAGAUAGAAAAUAUGGCACGACAAAUCUCCAUUUAGAUGUGUCUGAUGCAGCUAACGUUAUGGUUUAUGUGGGUAUCCCCAAAGGGCAGGCUGAUCAAGAAGAAGAAGUGCUUAAAACCAUACAAGACGGUGAUUCUGAUGAACUGACAAUUAAGCGUUUCACUGAAAGUCGAGAAAAACCUGGAGCUCUGUGGCACAUUUAUGCUGCUAAAGAUACAGAGAAGAUCCGGGAAUUCCUUAAAAAGGUUGCUGAAGAACAAGGCCAAGAAAAUCCUGUCGAUCACGAUCCUAUUCAUGAUCAAAGUUGGUACUUGGACAGAUCUCUAAGAAAACGCCUUCACCAGGAGUAUGGAGUUCAAGGCUGGGCUAUUGUACAGUUUCUAGGAGAUGUAGUUUUCAUUCCAGCAGGAGCUCCACACCAGGUUCAUAACUUGUACAGUUGUAUUAAAGUUGCAGAAGACUUUGUAUCCCCAGAGCACGUCAAGCAUUGCUUCUGGCUCACUCAGGAAUUUAGAUAUCUGUCACAUACACAUACAAACCACGAAGAUAAAUUGCAGGUGAAGAAUGUCAUAUACCACGCGGUUAAAGAUGCAGUUGGGAUACUGAGAGCGAACGAAUCCAGCCUUAGCAGACCAUAAAGUAGAAAGCCUUAACCACACACUAUGAAAUAGAAGCGCUGGCAGCUGUUUUACCUACUCAGUCAGGACCUCUGUGGACUUUGAGAUUAUAUGAAUGUUACCUCAUCUUCCUUUCAGCAGUACCAGAGGAUCGUGGUACUAUGUUCUGUGUAUUCUUCCAAUGUUUACAAACCUGAUAUGUAUAUGUAGUAAUAUGUAUGGACUGUGGCAUACUGUGAAUGCUCAGUUGCAAUAGAACUUUAUAUGGAGUUGCUCUCCAAACUGUACAAAAUACCUCCUAUAGAACUGUCGGAAACUAUUCCAAAUUACUCAUUUGAAAAAUAUUACCCGAGACUUGUAAAGCUCCAAUUUUUAAAAUUUAUUUUAGGGUGGGAGGAAGUAUGGAGUCACCCAAUUUAAUAAGCGAUUUACAUAAAAAUAAACUUAAGAAUGCAGUUCUGUAAUUUCACAUUAACAUAGAACUAGCAUUUAAAAGUAGCUUUCAGCUAUUGUAUAGUAACAUAGAGGUGGGGAUUAACCAUCUUUAGGUAAAUGUAUUUAAAUUUCUAAAUGUUAAAAGAAACUUUUAAUCAAAUGUCUUCUGUUUGAAACUGAUCUUUAAUUUGAACUUAUGUUUGAUUCUCUGGUUUUUAACACUGAAUGGUCUACAUAAAAUUCUUCUAUUUCA